AUGAAUACAAUGAGUAAACAGUACGAUGAUAUGUUGACGGUGAAUCCGAUAUUCAAGGAUAGGCUUCCUAAUGCUUAUUUAGUUGGGGAUACGGUAUGUAUAAUAAUUUUAUUAGGUUGUUCAAAUAAUUCUGUACCUCUUCUCAAAGCAAAUUUUGGAGAGGGCACAGAAUUAUCUGAACAAACGUAAAACACAUGACCUUUAAUCUUUCCAGUCGUUAUUAAACCCCUUACAGACCACCUCAAUACCCUACUUCUUCCACGCGCUCCACUGCCAAGUAGUCCUUAUCGUAUGUUACAUAGUCACCAUCAUCUUCGGCUUCAAGACCUGGAAAGCGAUGGCAGAGAAUCACCUUGAUUUGACCCCAGAACGAGAAGAAAUGCAACGAGAGAUCAGUAGAAUCAUGAUAUUACAAGCCAUUUACCCAGUAAUAGCCAUGGGUAUACCUUUGUUUGCUCUGGCUGCCGUUCCAUUUUUAAAUGGAGGAGCGGCCGACUUCUAUUGGCUUGGCAUGGUUGGGAUUGGAUUGAUUAAUAUCAUACCAAUUUUGAACUCUCUGUCUGUUAUCUUUGUCAUUCCUCAGUAUCGGAAGGCGGUUAUUGGGCAAUAA